AUGCGAGUCAUCCUACAAAGAAUGGAAGAUGCAAAUUACACCUUGGUGACAGAGUUUAUCCUGGAGGGUUUAACUGACAAGCCAGAACUCCAACUACCCCUCUUCUUCCUAUUCCUAGGGAUUUAUCUGGUGACUGUGGUGGCCAAUGUGGGCUUGGUUACAUUAAUUUCACUAAACUCACACCUUCACACUCCUAUGUAUUAUUUUCUCUUUAAUCUAUCUUUCAUAGAUAUCUGUUACUCUUCAGUAUUUACUCCUAAAAUGCUGAUGAACUUUGUACUGGAGAAAAAUACUAUCUCUUACACAGGCUGCCCAACUCAGCUUUAUUUCUUCUGCUUUUUUGUCAUUGCUGAAUGUUAUGUACUGACAGCAAUGGCUUACGAUCGCUAUGUUGCCAUUUGCAAACCACUGCUCUAUAAUGUAAUAUUAUCCCCUCGGAUCUGUUCUCUAUUUGUGUUUGGAGCAUAUGUGAUGGGAUGCUGGGGUUCCCUGGCCCACACACUCUGCAUGGCAAGACUGACCUUCUGUGAUGCCAACAUUGUCAAUCAUUAUCUGUGUGACAUCCUCCCUGUGCUGCAGCUCUCCUGCACCAGCACGUACAACAAUGAGAUUGUAGUCUUUGUCCUAGUUGGCAUGAACAUUUUGAUAUCCACCAGCACCACUUUUGUCUCCUAUGGUUUUAUCAUCUCCAGCAUUCUCCGAAUCAGCUCUUCGGAGGGCAGAGCCAAAGCCUUCAGCACCUGCAGUUCCCAUUUAAUGACUGUUUCACUUUUCUUUGGAGCAGCUGCAUUCAUGUAUCUACAACCUUCUGAUGUAGAAUCUAUGGACCAGGGGAAGGUGGCCUCAGUCUUUUACACAAAUGUCGGGCCCAUGCUGAACCCUUUGAUCUACAGCUUGAGGAAUAAGGAUGUCAAACUUGCCCUGAGGAAAACUUUCAGACAAAAAAUAUUUUCCUAA